AAAAAGGGCUCUUGCAGCCUUCCCCUCCACACUGAUCCCACACCAUCUAGUUUUUAGGGCAAUUUCAGAAAUGGAGUAGCUUUAUUGCCUCCCUAAACAAUGUUUGCCUUGUGUCUGCUCUGGCUCUUCAAAUCUGUAUUCUUUCUCUUGAAUCUAAACACAUAUUGUUCCUUUGGAGCUUAAAUGUGGCACUGAUAAGGAGCAGAAGUACUAUUAGGCGACCUGGCUCCAAGGGGCUAGUUAGAUAAAUAUCAAAAUGAUAUUGUCAUAAAAUGAUUCCGUUGAUAAGACGGAACAAUAGUGUGAAAUUUGAGGACGUGCUGGGUUAUAGCGAGGCCCUGGUGUUUUACUGUUCAAGCUCUCCUGUUGAACUCUGCUUGGUUCCAGUGUUUAUGUACUGUCUAUUAGCAGCUUUUGAAAGAUUUUAUUCCUGUAGUAAUGUCUCUAGAAAUACUCCUUAAUUGGGACCUCAAGAUACAUGUAUGUAAAGUGCCUGGAUCCCAGUGGGUCCAAUUUCUCUUUUUGCAGGGCUGCCUUGUUAGUACGCUAAUAUCGUUCAAAAAAAUAAAAAUUCCCUUUAUACAAUUUUGCUCAAGGACAAGCAGAUCCUUACAGGAAAAACCUCUGCUUUCUCCAAGGAUGGUCUGAUAAUGCAAUUGUUAGGAAAAUAGCGCUAGAUUUAGGUUGAGCUCCGUGUACUGGAUUGCACACCAAACUUUAUUUGAGAAUACCUCAAUUAUACUAUGGGUAUAUAUAGAUUUACUAGUAGAUAACAUCAGCCCUACCUAUUAAGGGAAAUGUCUGUCUCAGGGUCAAGCAUGAACAGGGAGCUGUCUCAUUUCUGUGGUCAAGGGCAGUGGGCCGGUGUCUUGGCUCUCUCCUGUCUUCUGGGAUUUAUUUUUACUUUUUCUUUGUUUUAGAAGUCUUUGAGGGGAUGGAUUCUGUAAAAACUUACCUGGCCAGGGAUUUUGUAAUUAGGACUUGGCUUCAGGUCUUUAAAAGCAGACUUUUUUGUCUCCAGGAGUUCCUGCACAUUCCACACCAAGGCUUCCAUGGUCUUGCUCUUCAUUCUGGUAUCUUCGUGCAGGCUGCCCACCCAGGGACGCCGAACUGAAUUUCUCUGCUCUCUAUUCUGUUGUCUAUUCUAUUCUGCGUUUGCCAUCUGUGCCCUGCUGUCUGGCUGUAGUCGCCCAGCUCGUUUGUGCCAGGGAUCUGAGUGACACUUCCCGUGUUCCUACUAUUCCAGAGCCUGCUGUUGACCGAGGGUUCCGUGAGAGGGUGGAGAGGUCUUGGGGUGGCCAGAAGAGUGUGGCCAGUAGGAGGAAUAGGCCCCAAGGAAGCACAGUGGAUCUCAGCUUCCACACAGCAUGGUUCUCACCUGAAAUCAUUCCCUGGCCUCAGCAACUGUCCGUCCGUACUCUCUGAGACUUUGCUGGCCAGCCUAGAGUCACCUAACUUUUGCCUUUUGAAUGAUCCUGUGGUUUUGGCUGGUCUUUAAAGAUUAGGAUUUGAUUCAUUUUCUCACUGAAUCAUCCUGUGGCCUUCUUUUUUACUGGUGGCUCUGAAAUUAGACCUUUAAUAUAAUAGCAAAGAUUCAAAACUGCCCUGGGUUUGACCCAACUGCUUCAGGCAAUGUUGCCUAGAGCAUCUUCUUGUUGGUGUGACAUAUUUCAAAAUACUAUAGCAAGCGUGUGUUUUGAAGGUGUUUCUUUGUUCAGCAUAAGGAGCUUUGCGGCAUUAAUUCCUUUGCGAAUAAGAGGUUGUGGUCGGGUCUCUUUAUUCCUGUUACACAUGUUUGAUAGGGAGGAAGGUAUUUGCAUAUUCGUGUAUGUGUGCUUGCAAUUUGGAGGAGUCCACGGUAGCAAGAUCGGGAUGACUUCAGUUUCUAAUCCAGGACUCUCCAUAAAAUCACGCAGGGAUCUUGUUUAAGAUGCAGUUCCUUGUGUUUCCUCACAGUGAGUCACGGGGCUGGGGCUGGGCUCCGACAUACGGAUUUUUUCCAUUUUCCUAGGCGAUGUUGAUGCAGUUGGAGACCACUUGAGAAGCACUUCUCUGAGGAGCGAUGCUCUCCCAUCAAAUGACAGAAAUACAAAGAGUACGAGAAAGAUGUAGCCAUAGAAGAAAUCGAUGGCCUCCAACUGGUGAAAAAGCUGGCAAAGAACAUGGAAGAGAUGUUUCACAAAAAGUCUGAAGCAGUGCGGCGUCUUGUGGAGGCUGCAGAAGAGGCACAUCUGAAACAUGAAUUUGAUGCAGACUUGCAGUAUGAAUACUUCAAUGCUGUGCUGAUAAACGAAAGGGACAAAGAUGGGAAUUUUUUGGAGCUGGGGAAGGAAUUCAUCUUAGCCCCAAAUGACCAUUUUAAUAAUUUGCCUGUGAACAUCAGUCUGAGUGACGUCCAGGUGCCAACGAACAUGUACAACAAAGACCCAGCAAUCGUCAAUGGGGUUUAUUGGUCCGAAUCCCUAAACAAAGUUUUCGUAGAUAACUUUGAUCGUGACCCGUCUCUCAUAUGGCAGUACUUUGGAAGUGCAAAGGGCUUUUUUAGGCAGUAUCCAGGGAUUAAAUGGGAACCAGAUGAGAAUGGAGUCAUUGCCUUUGACUGCAGGAACCGAAAAUGGUACAUCCAAGCAGCGACUUCUCCGAAAGACGUGGUCAUUUUAGUGGACGUCAGUGGCAGCAUGAAAGGGCUCCGUCUGACUAUUGCAAAGCAAACCGUCUCAUCUAUUCUGGAUACUCUGGGGGAUGAUGACUUUUUCAACAUAAUUGCUUAUAAUGAGGAGCUUCACUAUGUGGAACCUUGCCUGAACGGGACAUUGGUGCAAGCUGACAGGACAAACAAGGAGCACUUCAGGGAGCAUCUGGACAAGCUGUUUGCCAAAGGAAUUGGAAUGCUGGAUAUAGCUCUGAAUGAGGCCUUCAACAUUCUCAGUGAUUUCAACCAUACUGGGCAAGGCAGUGUCUGCAGCCAGGCCAUCAUGCUCAUCACCGACGGGGCAGUGGACACCUAUGACACUAUCUUUGCGAAGUACAACUGGCCAGAUCGGAAGGUCCGCAUCUUCACCUACCUCAUUGGACGGGAGGCUGCUUUUGCAGACAAUCUCAAGUGGAUGGCUUGUGCCAACAAAGGAUUUUUCACCCAGAUCUCCACCUUGGCUGAUGUGCAGGAAAAUGUCAUGGAAUACCUGCAUGUACUCAGCCGGCCCAAAGUCAUCGAUCAGGAGCACGACGUGGUAUGGACUGAAGCUUACAUCGACAGCACUCUCCCUCAGGCACAAAAGCUUGCCGAUGAUCAGGGCCUCGUCCUGAUGACCACGGUCGCCAUGCCUGUGUUUAGUAAGCAGAACGAAACCAGAUCAAAGGGCAUUCUUCUGGGUGUGGUUGGCACAGAUGUCCCAGUGAAAGAGCUUCUGAAGACCAUCCCCAAAUACAAGUUAGGGAUUCACGGUUAUGCCUUUGCGAUCACAAAUAAUGGAUAUAUCCUGACGCAUCCAGAACUCAGACCACUGUACGAGGAAGGAAAAAAGCGAAGGAAACCUAACUACAGUAGCGUUGACCUCUCGGAGGUAGAGUGGGAAGACCGGGAUGAUGUGUUAAGAAACGCCAUGGUGAACCGAAAGACUGGGAAGUUCUCUAUGGAGGUGAAGAAGACAGUGGACAAAGGGAAACGGGUUUUGGUGAUGACAAAUGACUACUAUUAUACAGACAUCAAGGGUACCCCUUUCAGCUUAGGUGUGGCGCUCUCCAGAGGCCAUGGGAAAUAUUUCUUCAGAGGGAAUGUAACCAUUGAAGAAGGCCUGCAUGACUUAGAGCACCCUGACGUAUCCCUGGCAGAUGAAUGGUCCUACUGCAACACUGACCUACACCCGGAGCACCGUCAUCUAUCUCAGCUAGAAGCCAUCAAGCUCUACCUCAAAGGCAAAGAACCUCUGCUCCAAUGUGAUAAAGAAUUGAUACAAGAAGUCCUUUUUGAUGCUGUGGUGAGCGCUCCCAUUGAAGCAUAUUGGACCAGUCUUGCCCUCAACAAAUCUGAGAACUCUGACAAGGGCGUGGAGGUUGCCUUCCUCGGCACUCGUACGGGCCUCUCGAGGAUCAACCUGUUUGUUGGGGCUGAGCAGCUCACCAAUCAGGAUUUCCUGAAAGCUGGAGACAAGGAGAACAUUUUUAACGCAGACCAUUUCCCUCUCUGGUACCGAAGAGCUGCGGAGCAGAUUCCAGGGAGCUUCGUCUACUCCAUCCCGUUCAGCACAGGAAUAGUCAACAAAAGCAAUGUGGUGACAGCGAGUACCUCCAUCCAGCUCCUCGAUGAACGGAAAUCUCCUGUGGUAGCAGCUGUAGGCAUUCAGAUGAAACUUGAAUUUUUCCAGAGGAAGUUCUGGACUGCCAGCAGACAGUGUGCCUCUCUGGAUGGCAAAUGCUCCAUCAGCUGUGAUGACGAGACUGUGAACUGUUACCUCAUAGACAAUAAUGGGUUUAUUCUGGUAUCUGAAGACUACACCCAGACUGGAGACUUUUUUGGCGAGGUCGAAGGGGCCGUGAUGAACAAACUGUUAACAAUGGGCUCCUUUAAAAGAAUUACCCUGUAUGACUAUCAAGCCAUGUGCAGGGCCAACAAGGACAGCAGUGACAGUGCCAGCGGGCUACUGGAUCCUUAUCAUGCCUUCCUUGCUGCAGUAAAAUGGAUAAUGACAGAACUUGUCUUGUUUCUGGUGGAAUUUAACCUCUGCAGCUGGUGGCACUCAGAUAUGACAGCCACAGCCCAGAAAUUGAAGCAGACCCUGGAACCUUGUGAUACAGAGUAUCCAGCGUUUGUCUCUGAGCGCACCAUCAAGGAAACCUCAGGGAACAUUGCUUGUGAAGACUGCUCUAAGUCCUUUGUCAUCCAGCAAAUCCCAAGCAGCAAUCUGUUCAUGGUGGUGGUGGACAGCAGCUGCCUGUGUGAGUCCGUGACCCCCAUCACCAUGGCCCCCAUUGAAAUCAGGUAUAUCGAAUCCCUUAAGUGUGAACGAUUAAAGGCCCAGAAGAUCAGAAGGCGUCCCGAGUCUUGUCAUGGCUUCCAUCCUGAGGAGAAUGCAAGGGAGUGUGGGGGUGCACCGAGCCUGCAGGCCAAGAUGGUCCUUGUCGUCUUCCCUCUGCUCUUGAUGCUCUUUUCAAGGUGACACUGAGAUGUUCUCUUGGCAUGCUAAAUUAUGGAUAAACUGUGAACCAAAAUAUGGUGCGACAUAGGAGACAUGAAAUAUAGUCCAACCAUCAGCAUCUCAUGAUUUUAAACUGUGCGUGAUAUAAAUUCUUAAAGAUCUGUUGACCAAAAAAAAAGUUAUCUUUUUACUUUGCCAGUCAUGCAAAUGUGAGUUUGCUACAUGAUAAUCACCCUUCAUCAGAAACGGGACUGCAAGUGGGCAGUGUCCCUUCUGCUUGAAACCCAUUGAAACCAAUUUAAAACUGUGUACUUUUUAAAUAAAGUAUAUUAAAAUCAUAAUCUUCUGAGUUUUGCUUUCUUG